AUGGUUGCUGCUGAACACGCUACUUCCAACCCUGCAAACACCACCACUGGUGUCACUUACCUAAGCACUGCUGACCCUGUCGCCUCUGCAGCCAUCGCUGAGGACACCGUUUCAGUGAAUGCCACCAAGAACAUCACUUCUGCCCCUGCUGCAGACCUCACCGCAGCUUCUGCCAGCCAUACUGCUUCUACAAUCACUGCCAGAACUACCAUCACGUCUACAAUCAUUGCCAGAACUAUCAUCUCUACAUUCACCGCUAGAACACCAACCUCUAUGGAAAACCAGCCAACAGCCAGAGACAUGCAGAUCCAGUUAACGCUCAUCGUGUCUGUAAUGUAUUUCUCCUGUGGUGGCUUAGCUCAAUCCUUGACUCAGGCCAAGCUCUCGGUCAGCAGGGCUCGCACAAAAGUCGCCCGUUUUCGGUGCAUCUUGGAGAAUGUGGAUCUGGUGAGUGGAACCGUGCACUGGUACCGCCACACUCCGAGCCAGGGUUUCCACCGCAUUCUCUACGUGACAGGAGCCCGACCAAUUUACGACGGCGAUUUCGCCGACAGAUUCACAUCCGAAAACGUGCCGAAAGAGAAAAGCAGUCUGCUUGACCUAACAAACAUUGCGGAUAGCGACGCUGGAGUUUAUUACUGUGCCGUCUGGAGUGAACACGGGGUAAAGGUCUUCGGAACUGGGACUAAACUGAUAGUUACAGAUGCAAUUGUUCGGUCACCAAAAAUACAAAUGUUCCCUCCGAACAACACGGAACUGGAUAGAGAUAAAAAAGCGACCAUCGUCUGUCUCCUGACUGACUUCUUUCCCGAUGUCAUUCGGGUUCAAUGGACUAUCGGGGGAACGAGCGCAUCCGAAGACAAAGUGUCAACUGACUCAGUGGAAACACAAGCAAACGGCACUUACUCAGUGAUCAGUCGCCUGAAAAUCACUAAGUUUGAAUGGGACACGAGCAGCGUUCAUUGCAGUGCGGAGCAUGAACUACCUCCAAACAAAGCCACGAUUAACAAGGCCUCCAUUCCCGCUAACGCACAAAGUAAUGCUGCAACCCAGACGUGUUCGCCUAGUGUUCAGAACCUAACAACAAUCGAGACUAAAGAAUGGCCUUUGAGUUCACUGCAGUUGGCGUCUUUUACAUAUACACUGCUUCUGUUGAAGAGCGUGGUCUAUUGUGGGAUUAUCUCGUUCAUCUUGUACAAAGUGGAGUACCGUGACGUGAAGAAGCCACUUUAAUCCGGUAUCGACCACCUCCCAUUUCAAAAUUUGAUAACAGAUCUCUAUUUGGCUUAUGCUCCGAUUUCCUGUUUACACGCAGAAAUUGUACUUUUUAACUGUCAGUGUAUGAACAGCUUACAACUGUCAUGUAAAUAUAUCCGGGGCGGGGGAGGGGGUGGGGGUGUGGGGUGGGUGGUUAUUUUCAAUCUUGUGUGUGUGAAUAAUGAGCAAAGCCUUCUGUGUGGAUGACGCAUUCUUGUUAAUCAAGUUAAUGUGAUGGUUUCCAGAAGUAUUGCUUGAUGUUUCAAAUGCUGCACUUUGCGAAUCUUUCGCUACAACAAAAUUGUUGUCUUCAGUUAUAAGUUCAUUUUGUAAUUUUACUUCACAAUUUUGCAAAUUUGACAAUAAAGUAUAUUUCAAACUCA